AGUGUAAAGUGUUGUCGCUCCACGAGGUUUUAUCCGUGUCACUGUGAGGAAGAAAAGAAAUGGAUUUGUCUUGAAGAUGAAACGACCAACACGUCAUUAAAAGUGUAUGAUCAGAAACAGUAGAAAACUUUAAUUUAUUAAGCCAAGAUGUUGAAAUAAAGAUGUUAAACCCACUUAAGGCCAAAAUAUGAGUGUAAAUAUACCAGCAUUAGCCGUUCUGGCGGUAUUUUAUAUUAUUAUACUAGUAGUUGGUAUAGUAGCUGGUCGUAAAGUCAAGUUAAACAACUGUAAGAAAGGAUCAUUGGAAGCCAAUAUGGUUGCAGGUAGAGAUCUAAACGUGUGCGUUGGUAUAUUUACAAUGAUGGCUACAACAGUUGGUGGUGGUUAUAUAAAUGGUGUAGCUGAAUCUGUAGCUACAAGUGGUAUAGUAUGGACUCUAGCACCAUUAGGAAUAUUCCUUGGUCUUAUAGCAGGUGGUGUUAUUUAUGCGAGAAGAAUGAGAGAGAAAAAAUAUUUAACAAUGUUAGAUCCUUUCCAACAAAGAUAUGGAUCUGUAGUGGUGAUAUUAAUUUAUCUAGCUUCUUUAUGUGGUGAUAUAUUCUGGACAGCAUCAAUACUCUCAGCAUUGGGGUCAAGUCUUGCUGUAAUGACUGGCAUUGAUCGACCAAUAGCUGUGUGUGUCUCAUCUGGUAUAACUGUUAUCUAUACAAUGAUUGGUCAGAUGAUAGCAGUAGCAUAUACGGAUAUAAUACAGUUAUUAUUUAUAAUUGCUGGUCUGGGUAUCAGCUUACCAUUUAUAUUUACCAAUGAAAAUACAGGUAACAUCAGUAACAGCUCAUGUGAUUGGUUAGGACAUAUGGAAGCUAAAGACAGUGGUGUAUGGAUAGAUCUUCUUAUUGCCAUGUCUUUUGGUACGAUACCAUGGCAAGCGUAUUUUCAGCGUGUUUUAUCAGUAAGAAGUGGAAAACAAGCUCAGAUUUUAUCAAUAACUGGAGCGUUUGGUGCUUUAAUUCUAGUUUUACCAUCUAUAUUUAUAGGAGCUGUAGCUACAUCAGCUAAUUGGAACAGUACAUCAUUAGGUAAUAGUCCAAUGGUAUUAAAUAAAUCUAGUGAUGUAUUACCUUAUGUAUUACAAGAAUUUACACCACCUGUUAUAUCUUUAUUAGGAUUAGGAGCUAUAUCAGCAGCUGUGAUGUCAUCAAUGGAUAGUGCUAUAUUAGGAUCAUCAUCAAUGUUUACUCAUAAUAUAUACUCUAAUAUACUCCGUAAACAGGCUAGUCAAGUGGAGUUACAAAUAAUACAACGAUUAGCUAUUAUAUGUUUAGGAUCAUUAGCUACAGUGAUAUCUCUAUCAGUACCAAUACUCUAUGGAUUAUUUAUAUUAGCAGCCGAUGUGGUAUUUGUCAUCGUCCUACCACAACUGACGUGUGCUAUAUUCUUACAAAGAACCAAUACUUACGGAGCUAUCGGUGGAUUUCUAGCAGGAUUCAUUUUACGUGUGGGAGCUGGAGAACCAAAUUUUCAGCUUCCAGCUUUUAUAUUCUAUCCUAAAUAUGAUCCUGAACUUGGACAGCUUUUUCCUUUCCGGACUUUCGCCAUGGUGUGCUCAUUUGUAACUAUUGUGAUAGUAUCGGAGUUAGUACAAUUGAUUAAAAGAAAGUCUGUCUGUUCGUGUUCAAGUUCGUCUAAUACAGAAUAUAAUUAUAACAUCGUGGAUGAAUCGAAAUCAAGAAAAUGUUGUCAUGUUAAAUCAGAUGAUCUCGAAGAAUUAACCUCAUUAUAGUUUACAUUGUUUCCUUUUAUUCUUGUCAAUGGUGAAUCCACUGUGGUCCCUGUCAAAAUGACUGAGUUCACCAGAUAAUAUACCCGGUAUUUUAUUUCUUUUUUGAAAAAGCUUCUGCUGGGCAUUUCAUAUAUCAGCUUGUAGCAGUUAGCUGACGUAAUUAGUUCAAUGUCUCGUUUCAGUAAUCCUAUAUUUUAGUCAAUGCCUUGUUUCAGUAGUCCUAUAAAUUUGUUAUGUUUUUUGUAAAAAUGUUGUAUGGUUGUGUUUUUGUUGGAUAGUAUAUAGUAUGAUACAUAUUUUAAUGUGAAAUUGUUAUUUUUUGUUACUAAUAUAUCUUUGUAUAACUUGUGCGAUAAUCUGUAAAUUAACACAAUAAGACCAUUUCCUGUUAUCAAAGUUUGAAUUUGAAUUAAAAUUGGUUCGUUCUUCGUCUGUCACACAUUUUUUCAGACAAUAACUCUCCUCUCUCCUUUUAAUUAAGUUAAGCAGAGAUAAGCAUCUUCUAGUUGAGUUAGAAUGUUUAAAAUUGGUGUUAUGUGUUUUAAAAUGAGUAGUUUCUGUGAGUUGGCAAAGGGAAGUAACUUGUACUUUGUCAAAAUAUUAUUUUUGGACGUCUUUUUGAUAGUUAAUUUCUUGAAUCUUAUAGUUAAGAUGAAAAACAGGGAUGUAGAAUGAAGGGAUUAAAAACUCCUUCAUAAUCUUUCAAAUUAUCUUCUUACUUCGAAUCUCUAAAUGGUUAACUGUAGACCAUUUUAAGAAAAUGUUCCUCAUCUUGUAAUUUUAUUAUUGGUAAUAAAUGUACAUCAGUGUGAUAUAAAUAUUAAUUGACUAAAUUCUAAUGCGAGUUUCUACUCAUACAUAGUCUGAUAUUAAUUGACUAAUUUCUACUCCUAGUCUGAUAUUAAUUUGUUCUACAGUAAAAUCAAAAUAUCUAUUUACAAAUGUUUGUAUAGACAAAGGCAUUUACAUAUCCGAUCAGGUUUUAUUUUGUUUUUUUAUAUGAAUAGAGUAGACCUUGUUUACAAUAAUGGGUACCUCACAACAACUGGUAAGAAGGUAACUUAUUAGUCAAUUCAUCAUAUUUCACUGGUCCCUUUUUUUUAUACGCCCACAUUUUCAUGUGGACAUAUAUUGUCUUCACCCAGGUCACCCCUGUCCGUCCGGACAUCCGUCCGUCCACAAUUGUUUGUGCACUCUACAGGUCACAAUUUUUAUCCGAGUUCAACAAAACUUGAAAUAUAGGUUUAUCUCCCUAAGAUCUCGGUUCCUUUCGAUAUUGGCAAGUAUCGGACCGUAACUUCAUGGAUUAUGGCCCCUGAUUGUACGAAAAAUCGUGUUUCUAGCUUGUGGACCCUAUAGAGGUCACAAUUUUUAUUCGAUUUUGUUGAAACUUGAAAUGUAAGUUUAUAACCCACAGAUCUUGGUUCGUUUCGAUAUUCACCAAUAUCAGACCAUAACUUCCUGAAUUAUGGCCCCUGAUUAUACGAAAAAUCACGUUUUUAGCUUGUGGACACUAUAGAGGUCAUAAUUUUUAUCCGAUUUAAAAAAACGUUCAAAUAUAUCACCGUUAAACCAUGAUGUUUAUUGAGUUCGAAUUUUGUGAAAAUUUGGCCAAAACUGCCGGACAAAAUGGCCGCCCCUCGUAUGCAAAUAGUGUAUAACAUUGUGUAAAAGUAUGCUACAAAGGUUGUGGACCCUCUAGAGGUCACAAUUUUUAUCCGAUUUGAUGAAACUUAAAACAUAUCUUUAUAUCCCAAAGAUCUCAGUCCCUUUUGAUAUUUGCGCAUUUCAGACCAUAACUUUCUGGAUUAUUGCCCCUGAUUGUACAAAAAAUCCAGUUUGUUUCUAGCUUGUUCUCUAUCCAUCUCUUGCAAAAUGUAGGCGUACCUUGCCUGGCAGCCGCUGGUUUAGAAUCGUAGUCACCUAUUUUGUAAAGUAUGUGUACCUGGAGUAGAUUGUGAAACAUACUACUUAUUCCAUAUAUUACAAGCGACAUGUAGCUGAGCGAAUUCCAGAUUGAUCAUUAUUUUUAUAUUUAUAUAAUAUCAUGUACUAUGUUUACAAUAGAUCUGUUUGUAUAAAUAUCUAAAUGUAUUUAAAUAUGAAUUUUUUUGAAUGAAUAUAUCUGUUAGAAAUGGUAACAUUAUAAUAAGUGCUACGCGAUUAUAUAAAAUCCAAAUUAAAAUAAAUAAUUA